CCCUGGCCUUCGCCUGAGUGAGCCAGUCAGCGGCCCCCAAAUUGUGGGCAGUCCGCUUGGCGAAAUCUUGACCCCAAGACAGCCUUGCUGUAAUUCGUCGCUUGCCUGAGAAUACGAGAGGGCUGAGUCGCAUCACCGGUGGCAGCAUAAAAAUAGUCGGCUGUGUUAGGCACACGCGCCAUUAUAACACGAGAUGGGGCUGCUGUAGAGAAAUGUUUUUUUGGUGAAUUUCGCCCUCUACUUCGACUUUGACAGUUUGAAAAAUACCAUAAGUGUUGAGCGGAAGCUCAUCCGAUAUCGAAUCGCCGGCAUCGAAGCAAGCAGACUACGGCAAAUAUACAAUCAUGGCUCCAAGGCGAGGAGGCGGCAGCGGCAGUAGUUUUGGGGGAGGAAGCAGCGAUCCAGUCUGUCCAGGCUUCCUCAACGACUCCUAUGCGACGUAUUUUUCGACAACCAUCGUAUACUUUGUCAGCUACUGCCUCUUCUUUGUCCUUACAUUCGCUGUCCUGAUAUUCGCCUGUUGUGUCCGCAAAAGAUCGGCGAGCCUGAUUGGGCUACUCUUAGCAGUGCUCGGCUUUAUGAGUGUUGCUUGGGCGCUUGUUAUUCUGGGCACCGUACUGCGCGAGUGCUGGGUUCUCCCUAACAUACUCGAUUAUUACAACUUCGCGAUCACAUUCAAUAUCUUAUUCAACAUCGGGCAAUGGCUCUUGCUGUUCAUCCAAGUCUGGGGAGUUAACCGCCUGCUUAGCAAGCGCCUUGGGUCGGGCCAGGCUGUUGUGAAGAUUGCCACGCUCGCUGUUACUGGCGUGAUGGCCGCGCUCACAGCCGGAUACAUCGGCCUAUACUCUUACAAUCGCUGGACUGUUGUGAACAGCUGGCGUUACGACGAACCAUCGGAACACAUUGAUAGGACCAAGUUGGAUGACGAACGUAAGCUCGCCGCUGCGUAUUGGAUACUCUAUCUCUUGAGCGUCGUUGCUGGGGGUGCUAUUUCUGCAGCUCUGCUCAUGCAGCUACGAUCAAAGAGCAUCCCUGUCAACGACGUCAUGAAACGCACGAUUGCACUCAUCCUCUGCAUGCUCUUGUGGGUGAUCUUCCAGCUCGUAACCAUCGUCGAGGACCUGCAAGACAGAUACCUCGAUGUAGACACGAACACGGCUAUGUACUACCUCGACGGUUUCUUCCAAAUCUUCUCCUACGUUGCCAUCGUUAGCUUGUGCAAGCUGAAUUUCUGGAAAGACGGCGCCGCGCAGACAGCGUACAACACUACGGGAUAUGGGCAGCCAGCAUUUGCUCCGAUGCAACCGCCGCAACAGCAGUAUGCGUACAACGGGCAGCCAAAUCAGCCAUAUCAGUACCAGCAGCAGUCGGUUCACCACAAUGUAUCUGGUUUUGCGAACGGAAAUGGACACAUGGUGUCGGUCAAGUAAGGAACCUAAGGAAUUGACUCAGUGGUUGGUUUGUGUCUUCGAAAUGGCGUUUGGACUGGAAAUACCACGAUGUGCUUGGACUUGGAUAGCAAAAUUUUGCUUAGGAAAUAUCACAGGAUCGUAAUGAGGGUCUCCAGUCCAAAGAAUAUUUG